CUACGCGAGCUGCUCUCCGAGAAGCGCCUCUACCGCUUCGCGCUGAUGCAGCUGAUCGGGCUGCUGCACGUCGUCUUUGACGCGCUCGCCUUCCGGAACGACGUCGGCUUCUGGAAGGGGCGGGAGGACCUGAGGGGCCUGUCCUCGCGCGGCGUCAUCUUCAACGCGGGCUCCACGCUCGUCAUCUUCCUCUACCUGCUCGACGGCGACGGCGUCAACUCGAUCGUCCUCGCUACCUACGCCUUCUCCACCGCCCUCGAGCUUUGGAAGCUGACCAAGGUGGUUGCGAUGCGGCGGCGGGCGCGCGGCGCGGCCGCCGGCGCCGGCGGCGAGGGCGCGCGCGCCGAGGCGGCGACGGAGCGGUUCGACGAGGUUGCGACGCGGCACUUGACGUGGGGACUCGCGCCGCUGGUCGUCGGCUGGGCGCUGUACGCGCUGCUCCACUACCCGCACGCGUCGUGGCGCGCCGCUUCCCCGCCGUCCUCCCGCCAGCCCCGCCUCCGAGGGGGCGAGUCACCCACCCUUGGAUUCUGCACCCUCUUGUCAGGUACAGCUGGCUGCUCGGCUCGCUGGCCGACGCGAUCUACCUCUUCGGCUUCAUCGCGAUGA